AUGGCCGCGCCGGCCGAGGGCUCCGGCGCCAACUGGACGGCGGACGCCGGCCCGUCGGGGUCCCUGGGCGCGGCGCUGGCGCUGGCGCUGCCCCCCGACGCCGCGUGGCUGCAGCUGCUGGCGCCCGCGGGCGGCAACGCGUCGGGCCCCGCGCCCCCCGCGCCGCCCGCGACCCCCGCGGCCCCCGCGCCCGCGCGCGCCGCCGCGCCGCACCCCUUCGUGCAGCCGUCGUGGCGCAUCGCGCUCUGGUCGCUGGCCUACGGCGCCGUGGUGGCGGCCGCCGUGCUGGGCAACCUGGUGGUGGUGUGGAUCAUCCUGGCGCACAAGCGCAUGCGGACCGUCACCAACUGCUUCCUCGUCAACCUGGCGCUGGCCGACGCCGCCACGGCCGCCUUCAACGCGCUGGUGAACUUCAUCUACGCGCUGCACGGGGAGUGGUACUUCGGCGCCGGCUACUGCCGCUUCCAGAACUUCUUCCCCAUCACCGCCGUGUUCGCCAGCAUCUACUCCAUGACGGCCAUCGCCGUGGACAGGUACAUGGCCAUCAUCGACCCCCUGAAGCCCAGGCUGUCGGCCACGGCCACCAAGCUGGUCAUCGGGAGCAUCUGGGCGCUGGCCUUCCUGCUCGCCCUCCCGCAGUACCUGUACUCCAGGACCAAGGUCCUGCCCAGCCGCACGCUCUGCUACGUGCAGUGGCCAGAAGGCCCCAGGCAGCACUUCAUCUACCACAUGACGGUCAUCGUGCUGGUGUACUUCCUGCCCCUGCUCAUCAUGGGGGUCACCUACACCAUCGUGGGGCUCACCCUGUGGGGCGGCGAGAUCCCGGGGAACACCUGCGACAGGUACCACGAGCAGCUCAAGGCCAAGAGGAAGGUGGUGAAGAUGAUGGUUCUGGUGGUGGUGACCUUCGCCGUGUGCUGGCUGCCCUACCACACCUACUUCAUCCUCACGGCCGUGUACCAGCAGCUCAGCAGGUGGAAGUACAUCCAGCAGGUCUACCUGGGCAGCUUCUGGCUGGCCAUGAGCUCCACCAUGUACAACCCCAUCAUCUACUGCUGCCUGAACAAGAGGUUCCGAGCGGGCUUCAAGCGGGCCUUCCGCUGGUGCCCCUUCGUCCGCCUGUCCAGCUACGACGAGAUGGAGCUCAGGCCCACCCGGUUCCGCCCCACGCAGCACAGCAGCCUGUGCACGGUGACCCGGCUGGAGUCUGUGACGGCGAGUGACCCUGGCCAGCCCAGCGGGAAGAGGCCAGCAGCUGGCCCCGCAGGGCCUCUGCCCCCCCUGGCUUCCUGAGCCGCCCCCGCCUCCCCAGGGCAGUGCCUGAGCCCCGGGCCCACCCUGUCUCCCUGCACGCCCCGGGAGGGGACAGACACGCCCCCACGCAGCCGCGAGAGCCCCUGUCACAUGCGUGUCCGCUGACCACGGACGUGAGGGAGGGGAGACCAGAGUCUGCGGGCGGGAGAGAGGUCAGUGGCUCCCCCCUCCCGCCCCCCGGAAGGAAAUGAAGCUCAAAGCCUAGGAAUGCUGGAGACCUUGGCUCAAGGAACUCUGGGGCAGGGAGACAGCUGCACCCAGCAGGCACAGUGGAGCCCGGCACGUGCAGGGUCCUGGGGCCUGGCCCCGAAUGGCCCCGGCACAAUGCUGGGCAGCCCCCAAGCACAGCCAGGAGGGGCCCUGGGCCCAGCACCCUCUCCCCACCCCCGUCAAAUAAAAGGGAAAACCUCUUGUAAGAUGGAGACUCAACGAUCCCAAGAACUUGAGCGCAGCAAGGACGUGUGCUCCGCCGGCACGCGCCCUCCGCGGUGUCCCGUCCGCGUCUCCUGUGAGCCUCGCUGUUGUUGUGAUCGUCCGCAUUAAAGUUAAGGCCGUAAGAAAGAGGAAAACGACCCUCCCUCCCUCUUCAGACCCUCGACCUUCCUCCUCUAGGACAGUCCAGAUGCCAGCGACCGUCACUGCUGGGGCCCUGGGGGUCCGGUCUUCGGGGCCUGGGGCAGCCAGUCCCUGCCUGUCCCUUUGCUAAAGCCACACUGCAGGCCACCUGCGUCCAC